AUGCAGCUGCGUUGGAACGGCCACCAGGUGCGCAUGAACGACGAGGGACUACCCAAACGAAUCUUCUACGGAGACGCCGCCACGGGCUCUCGCCGUCAAGGAGGCCAAAUUCGUCGAUACAAGGAUACCCUGAAGUCCUCCCUGAAGCGUCCGCAAAUCAACCCGACUAAUUGGGAAGAGCUUGCAGUCGACCGACUGACCGACCUGAAGGAGGAUAGUGAAGACAGGCGCUGCGAUCUACGAAGCCAACCGCAUCGCCGUCCAACCAGACCGAAAAGUGAGGCGAAGGGAGGAUCGCAAGUGGGUGGGGUAUAGACCGGGUCCUUAUAAUCGGUGUUGGCGGUGGAUGUGGUGUUGGUGUUUGUUAGUGUGUAAUGAUUGUUUGUUGUGUUAAUGGGCAUGUCAGAAGCCACAUCAGCAGAUGUUGAGGAGGAGCAGGAGGAGGAGGAGGAUGAUGAUGAUGAUGAUGAAGAAGAAGAAGAAGAAGAAGAAGAAGAAGAAGAAGAAGAAGGAUAA